CUUUUAGACACCACUAGGAGUAACAGAUAUGAUUCUCUCUUUACGCCUGUCUCCUCCCUCUCCGCCCAUGCUCCAGUGCUUGUGAGAGCCUUCAAAGAGACGCUGUUUUCUGUGGCUUCGGGAUCCCUGCAAGAAAUGGGAGUCUGAUGGAUUGUAAAUGCACCUGCUUUGUUUAAAACCCAGCCAUACAGAUAAGUGCACUUUUAAUUAUCUCCGAACAGUGCUUUAGACAUAGCUGUGCACAGCGUCUCUCUUCAGUUUGGUGAGGCUCUGUGUUUCACCCCUGCAAAUGAAUGCUGUGUGGGUCUCAUUUCAGCUGAGAAAAACCAGACACUAUUGGUAUUCCACAUUAAGGUGAGCCUUGAGGACACCUGGGAGACUGUAGCUCCUGAAUGCGUGACCUUCCCCUGUGAAUAGAAGAAAGCCAUGGGGAAAGACAAGAAAGAAGAGGCCAUCUUCCUGAGGAAAAAGAUAACUUUGCUGCGGGCCUUCUCGCUGCUCAUCGGCAGCAUGGUUGGCAGUGGCAUCUUUAUUUCCCCCAAAGGAGUACUGAAAAACUCCGGCAGCGUGGGAUUCUCCCUGGUCGUGUGGUUCUCCUGUGGGGUUUUCUCCAUGUUUGGUGCCUUGUGCUAUGCAGAGCUUGGAACAAGAAUCACCAAGUCUGGAGGGCAUUAUAUCUACAUUUUGGAGACACUAGGGCCUCUGCCAAGCUUCUUAUUCCUGUGGGCAGAGUUCUUUGCUAUCAGGCCUGCCAACAGUGCUGUGGUUUCCCUGGCAUUUGGUCGCUACAUGCUGGAGCCAUUUUUCACCCCCUGUGCUGCCCCUGUCCCUGCGGUGAAGCUCGUCUCUCUCCUGGGCUACUACAUGGUCCUCACCCUCAAUUCCUGGAGUGUCACCUGGAGCGCGCGGCUGCAGACAGCUCUCUCCGUUGUCAAACUCCUGGCUCUUGCACUCAUCAUCGUGCCAGGGAUGAUGCUGCUGGCCCAGGGCCACACCGAGAACUUUCAGGAUGCUUUUGACAGACAGUCGCUGGUUCUGGAUAAGCUCCCCCUGGCUUUCUAUGCAGGCAUGUUCGCAUACUCCGGCUGGUUUCAGACCAGCUUUGUGCGUGAAGAGUUGGUCAAACCUGAACGAAAUAUCCCCCUGGCUGUCAUCGUGUCCGUGAUCUCAGUAAUUGUGGGGUACAUGCUCACCAAUGUCUCCUAUUACACGGUCCUGGGAACACAAGAUGUUCUGGCUUCUCCUGCUGUGGCUGUGAGCUUUGUGCAGCGAGCUUUCAAAAGCCUGAUCUCCGUGGUCCCUGUCCUUGUCGCACUGUCCUGCUUUGGAACCAUGAAUGGAGGAAUCUUCACAUUUUCAAGGACUCUGUUUGUGGCUUCCAGGGAAGGGCAAUGGCCUCCUCUCUUCUCCAUGAUCCACAUUCGAAGGCAUACCCCCCUUCCUGCUGUCAUGUUAAUGUUCCCUUUGGUCACUGCCAUGGUGUGCAUCGGAGACAUCUACCAUCUACUGAACUUCUUCAGCUUUUCCCGAUGGCUCUUCAUAGGAUUAGCCACCCUCGGGCUCAUCGUCCAUCGGCACCGUCACCCGGAGCUGCACAGCCCCUUCAGGGUUCCCCUCUUUGUUCCUGUCUCUUUUACCAUCAUCUGCCUCUUCACGGUGGCAAUGUCUUUCUACUCAGACCCUGUGAGCAUUAGCAUUGGAUGCACCAUGGUUUUGAGUGGUUUUCCAGUCUACUACCUCAUCAUUCACAGGCAGAUGUCGGACCGCUGCCGCAACCUGUUCUAUUAUCUUACACAUAAACUACAGUUACUGCUGGAAGUUGUCCAACAAGAAAUCAAGACUUACUGAGAAAACCAUCAGAACUCACAGAAGACAAUAAAAAUCUACUUACACCAUUUUUGACACCUUUGAUUCUACCAAAAGCAGGCCAUGCUUUUAUUCUUUUUAGUCAGUGAAAAUGAGGAUGACUCUGAGCCAAAACCUUGCUGCAAGUGUUCCUAAGCUUGCCAAUAGGGAUCUGAUCCUGCCCUUUCAUUUUUUUCAGGAGAGCAAACUAGUCGUCUGAAAUGAGCUUGCUUUGCCUGCAGUGUCUUUGAAACCAAUAUCCUAAUUUAGCCCAGUCCUGAGUAAAAUUGAGUAUGUGUGUGUACAGAGACAAUGUUUUGUUUUCCUAGCUUGGCAAAUAGAGGAAGUGGGCAUGUUGCAGAACUUAGAAUCCAACACAUGGAAGCCAAAUGCAAGUUUCAAACAGAACCACUAUAGCAGCUUUGUUGUGGACAAGGGGAAGAGUUGGGGAGAGCAAAUUAGAGAUAAGGCAGAUGAAUUGGAAAGGGGAAUGCAGGGGGAUAAAAUUUUAUUCACCUGAAAGUGCAGAUUGAGCUAAUGAGAAGAUAUUUGAAAUUUGAGUAUUAACAAAGUAAGGUCAGAAUGUUUUGUUUUGAUUUUUGUAUAAGCAGAAUGAGUUUCUUUUAGCUUUGGAAUAAUCUUUCAAUUUUGAAUUUUACUUUUCUGAAAUUGCAUUUUUAAAUGUACAAAUACAUUAAAAAAACCCCAAACCAAACAGUUAAAUAUCAACUAGAAGAGAGUAUCAACAGAAUAGAGUCCUGGUCCCUCCCCCAACUUCCCCGACCCACUCCUCACCAGUGAGGUUGAAAACUCAGAAUUUGGCCUAGCUCCAGUGAGAUAAAAUUCCUCUUUUAAUUAGACAGGACCACUGAUGAGGUUUGGGCAGAUUCCUGAAUAAGUGCAUCUUUUGGUGCUGUAAGAGGACAUGAGUAACUUCACAUCCAAGCUUUAAUUUGCCUGUUGCACAUGACUUGCUGAUUUAAUCCACAGAUGCUCAUUUGAACUAAUGGCAUAAGAAAGGUUUCCAUUAUUGGAUUACUUUGGUUUACAUUAUUAAUGUGGCAAUGUUAUGUCCAGAUAAAACAGCAAUUAGCUAUUUACAAUCAUGUAAUUGUUAAUCGGUUCCUAAAAGAUGGGAAGUAGCAUGCUGAGACUCCUCUAAUGAUUGCUGGAAAGAGGAACAGCAGAAUGCAGUGGAGCAUUUUUUAAUCCUUUGUAUCAAAAAUUUAUGUACUCAGAAUAAAAACAAAGUACCAUUUACAAAUCCAAUGUAAUCUACUAAAACGUGUAAAAUUGUGGAACUAAAGCUGGGUUUUUUUCAAAGCAAUUGAGAAUUAUUAUUCUUGUAAUGAUUGCUUCCUGUUCCUGUGCUGAAUUAAGCUGGGACAGCAGCAGUGUGGUUACAGGGCUUGUUUCCCCACUACCCUCCCACAAUUUAAUUUACCAGCUGCUGGAGAUUGUCCAACAGGAAAUACAGUCUCACUGGGAAAAUCCUCACAGCAGAAACCAUCACAACCUACAGGAGAAAGUACUGGCUUUAAAUGAUGAAAUGGAUUCAAGUGAGAUCUGGAAAUGCUUCCAGGGUCCCAGACAACAGCCAGUCUCUCCUCAAGCCAGGCUUUGCUGAAGCUGAACCCCCUGGUACAGCUUCCCACAGCACCCCACUGGUGAAGCAGGACCAGUAUGGGUGGCUGGGGAACCAACCUGCAGAAGACCUUGCAGAACCAGGUGAGAUCAAUCACCCCAACAUUUCCUGAAUCCACCCACUUAGGUACUGGUACAAGACAAACGUCCAGCCUGGAUGGGCAAGGAGGUUUUGGAGGAACUUAGGAACAAAAAAAGGAUGUGUCAUCUUUGGAAGGAGAGUCAGGUCUCUCAGGAAGUAUUUAAGGGGGCUGCUAGAGCAUGUAGGAAAAAAAAUAGAGAGGCCAAAACUCAGUUUGAACUUAAAAUGGCAACUUCUGUAAAAGACAAUAAAAAAUGUUUUUACAAAUAUAUUAAUGGUAAAGGAAGGCUAAGACCAACCUUUGUUCUUCAUUGGAUAAGGGAGGGAACUUAGUAACUGCAGAUGAAGAGAAGGAAGAAGUGCUUAAUACCUUCUUAGCUUCAGUCUUUAGUGGGAAAGCAACUUGUCUUCAGGACAACAUUCCUCCUGGGUUGGUAGAUGGUGUCAGGGAGCAGAAUGGUCCCCCUGUCAUCCAGGAGGAGGCAGACAGAGAACUGCUGAGCCUCUUGAAUAUUCAUCCAUCUAUGAGCCCAGAUGGGAUCCAUCCCAGGGUGAUGAGGGAGCUGCCAGAUGAGCUUGUGAAGCCACUUUCCAUCAUUUACCACAAUCCUGGCUCACUGGUCAGGUUCCAAAUGUCUGGAAGCUGGGCAAUGUGACACCCAUUCACAAAAAGGGUGGGAAGGAGGAUAGGAGGAUACUGGUAAUUGUAGGCCAGUCAGCCUGACCUCAGUACCUGGUAAGGUAACAGAGAAGCUUAUACUGAGUGUCAUCAUGCAGCACUUAUAGGAUGGCCAAGGUAUCAGACCCAGCCAGCAUAGGUUUAGGAGGAAAGGCUGUGGAUGUUGCCUAGUUGGCCUGCAGCAAGGUCUCUGACACUGUCUCCCACAGCACACUCCUGGAGAAGCUGGCAGCCCAUGGCUUGGACAGGAGCACUCUUUGCUGGGUUAAGAACUGGCUGGAUGGUCAGG